AUGUCGUCCUCUUCCGCAAACUCGUCCAUCGCCGGUGUCGUCGUCGGUGUCGACACCACCGGCGCCUCCACCGCCAAGAACGUCGACGUCUCUGCUCAGUGGAAGGCUUCGCGUGCCUCCUCCUCGCGUGCUAACGGGCUUCGUAUCUUCUACCCAGACAACAGCUCCCCUGUCGCCGCCGUCUCGCUAGGUCACCAGAAGGCUGCCCCCACCACCACUCCUGACCUCCACCCCACCGAGAAGACCUUCCUCCGCAACGAGCAGCUCGAGCGUGUCCGCCUCGCUGCCGCCAAGGGUGUCAAAGCUAUUCGUGACCUCGGUGCCGGCCCCGAAGACAAGGGUGAUGCUCCCGUUCAGAGGACCAUCGCUCUUGACUCCAUGUCCAGCCCUCAUGCCGCUGCUGUCGGUGCUAACCUCGGUCUCUGGACUGUCAACCACUUCAAGACUCGUGGCAAGAACGCUGCCCACGGCAAGGACGCCACCGUUCAGGGUGGUAAGGAGAUCAACGUUGUCCCCGUCGACGGUGCUGCUGACGAGACCGCCAAGAAACAGCUCAAGGAUGCUGGUGACGAGAUCCCCAGCGUCGCUCCUCUCUCCUGGUAUACUGGUGAGGUCUACGCCGAGGCUCAGAAUUGGGCCCGUGAGCUCAAGGAAACCCCUGCCAACCUCAUGACCCCUACCAUCUUCGGCCAGCGUGUCACCGCCGCCUUUAAGAACGUCCCCAACACUACCGUCAUCGUUCACGACGAGGACUGGGCCCGCGAGCAGCGCAUGAACUCGUUCCUUUCCGUUGCUGCUGGUACUGACGAACCCGCCAAGUUCGUCGAGAUCAUCUACAAGGGUGCUCCUGCCAACGAGGCUCGCAGCGUCGGCUAUGUCGGUAAGGGUAUCGUUUUCGACUCGGGAGGAAUCAGCCUGAAGCCGGGUGCUGGUAUGAAGGCCAUGCGUGCCGACAUGGGUGGUGCUGCCGCUGUCGUUGCUACCACUCUUGCCAUCGCUAAGCUUGGUCUUCCUAUCAACGUCGUUUGCGCUACUCCUUUGACCGAGAACAUGCCCUCCGGUAAAGCCACCAAGCCCGGAGACAUCAUCAUUGCUCGCAACGGCCUUUCCAUUGAAGUCGACAACACGGAUGCCGAAGGUCGUCUUGUUCUCGCCGAUGCCCUCACCUAUGUAACCGAAACUUACAAGCCCCACACUCUUGUCGAUGUCGCUACUCUUACCGGCGCCUGCAUGAUUGCUGUUGGUGACGUUUACUCCGCCGCUUUCACCGAGUCCGACAGUCUUUGGAACGAGCUACGCGUCGCUGGUGAAGCCGAGAACGACCUCUUCUGGCGCUUGCCUCUUAACGAUGCCUACCUCAAGCAGAUCUCGACCUCGAAUGCGGAUCUGUGCAACACUGGUGGUCGUCUUGCUGGUGCUUCCACCGCUGCCAUCUUUUUGAAGCAGUUCGUUGUGGGUUUGGGCGAGCGUGGUGGUGCUGCUCCCAGCGUGAGGUAUGCUCACUUGGACAUCGCUGGUAGCAUGGAGGCUACUCCUACUACGACUAACGAUUACCAGCCUAAGGGCUUCACUGGUCGUCCUGUUCGUGCGCUUAUUGAGUUCGCUCGUCGUAUUGCUGCUCAGGCUAACUAA